GCUUGCAAAACACAAGUACGUGGAUCGGUGGGAUGGAUAAACAUAUCAGUAUCACGCCUUUUGCGAACAUCAGACCUGAGUCUGGGGGAGAUCUUCUAACCUGGGUGGGAUAUGGCUCAGUAUAUAAGGCAUUGGAUUAGGUCAGUAGGCUAUAAGAACAUUGCUGAGUCUCUCAUUGGUAUCUCCCGAGCACCUAACUCUUCGUCCCAAUAUGAAGCUUUCAGUAUCCUUGUCCAACGUUUCCCUUUUCAUCGUGCUAGUCGCAUCAGUGAAUGCAUUCACUCUACGCCAACAGAAGAUGGUAAGCAUCUUCGCCCUGGAAUGUAUGGCCGAAACGGGCAUCGGCGCCGACUCGCUAACGAAGCUGCGUGACGGCGAUCUUACCGCGAACGAUCGUACGGCGAAAUGUUUCAUGAAAUGUUUCUUCGAGAAGGAGAACUUUAUGGAUGCGGCGGGUGUGCUGCAGUUGGAGGCGAUUGCGACGGCACUGGAGAAGGAUUACGAGCGGGCCAAGAUUGAUGAGAUGUUGGAGAAGUGUGGUGUACAGAAGGAGGAUGCGUGUGAAACGGCGUUCAAUGCGUACGAGUGCUAUCACGAUCACUAUCAGAAUCUGUAGAGCUGGUAAAAGUCAAUCAAUUUUUGACCUACGAGUCAUCUAUUGAACUCCUCAAAGUGAGCUAAUGUGGGCGAAUAGUCAAACCGUUGAAGAAGAGAAAUAAAACUGACAUUUGUUGCAUAGUA